CGUCCACCUCGAGCGAGGAAAGCAUUCGGUGGACGGGAUGAAUGAGUUCUUGUCGCGCGCAGUUGAUCAAGCACGGCCUUCCACUCAGCUGGCGAAUAAUCACCACCUGCUCCCUCUCCGUCCGUCGGUACGCUUCCCGUCCCUUUACCACCCCGCUACCCUUAGCCGUCUCCCUCUCCUCCGCCGCCCGCGCCGCCGCCGGCCGCGACGACCUCCGCCUCGUCGGAUCCAUCCACGCUGCCGCAGUCGUCAACGGACUUCACUACCACGUCGUUGUCGCCACUUCCAUCCUUGACGCUUAUUCUAAAUGCGGCGACUUGUCUUCCUCCCGCAAGGUGUUCGACGCGAUGCCGCAUAGAAACGCGAUCUCUUGGAACGCCAUAAUCGCCGGCUACACGAACGCGGGGAUGGGCAUCUCUGCGCUGGAGUUGUUCGUCAGCAUGAAAUCCAAUGAGUCGACGGUUGGCGUCAAUGAGUACACAGUGUCGAGCUGUGUGACCGCGAGUGCUGGGAUCAGCGACGUGGUCUCUGGUGCACAGAUCCAUGGCUAUGCUGUGAAGUCGGGGUUCGAGGAAGACCACGCCGUCGCUAGUUCCUUAGCCAAUAUGUAUUUCAGGUGCGGACAUGUUGAAAGUGCCAGGAAAGCCAUGAAAGGAAGGGAAAACGACUGUUUGAGAUCCAAAUUCAUGAUGAUUAAUGGCUAUGUUGUCAAUGGAAGUAUCCUCGUCUCCAUCUUAACGAUCUGCGCUCAAAUUCGAUCCCUCAGACUAGGGAAGCAGGUUCAUGCUUUGAUCAUCACACUUGGAACUAAUAAAUAUGGCUCAUCAAAUUAUAGUGCCAAUGCUGUUCUGUGGAGUGCUCUAAUUAAUAUGUAUUGCAAGUGUUCCAGGGUCCUGGAAGCUCGAUGCGUGUUUGACAGAUUGCAUUGUAGGCAUGCUUCUUGCUGGAACUCAUUGAUUACAGGGCAUAUUCACAAUGGGUUGUUGGAAGAAGCUCGUCAAUUCUUCAAUAACAUGAAGAACAAGGAUGUGAUCACAUGGACAUCAAUGAUAUCUGGUUAUGUGCAAAAUGGAUUGCCGCAAGAGGGGCUCAAAUUGAUGGCAAACUUACAAAACGCUGGUGGUGGGUUGUUACCCGGUAACACCUUCACUUUUCCAGUUGCAUUGGAUGCUUGUAGUUGCCUUGCAGCAUUAGCUUGCGGCAAGCAAAUUCAUGCUCAAGCUGUGCGAACAGGAGCCCAAUUUGGUCUUAAUUCUGUGGUUCUAGAAACAGCUCUCAUUGACAUGUAUUCCAAGUCAGGCAACUUAAAGUAUGCACGAAUAAUAUUUGACCGAAUGGGAAAGAAGAACGAAGUAUCAUGGACUUCAAUGAUCAAUGGCUAUGCAGUUCAUGGAUCAGGUAUAGAAGCUAUCAAUAUUUUCAAUAAAAUGAUAGGAUUGGGGCUAGAACCGAAUGAGGUUACUUUUGUAGCAGCUUUAACUGCUUGUAGUCGGUGCGGUUUGGUAGAUGAAGCAACCCAUUAUUUCAAGUUAAUGAGUGAAAGAUAUGGAAUUCUUCCCACUAAAGACCAUUUUACAUGCAUAAUAGAUUUGUUAGGCCGAGCAGGGAAACUUACAGAAGUUUGGAAGUUGCUAGAGGAGCUAAAAGCUACAAGAACAAACUGUGAGAAGGCCAGCAACUGGGACAAUGUUGAGCAUGCUUCUUUAUGGGGUGCAUUGCUUGCAGGAUGCUGUGUUCAUGGGGAACUGGAUUUGGGUAGGAAAGUGGCUAAUAAGAUGCUUGAGAACAAGCAACAAAUUUCCGGGUCAUAUAUUGCACUUUCUAACCUUUAUGCAGCUUCAGGUUGGUGGGGUGAAGUUCAUAGAGUCAGAGAGGAGUGGAUGAAGGAAGGUGUUCCCAUGGAGCCAGGACAAAGCAAAAUCCAAAACGUUGCUCUUAUAUAAGAUGCUCAAUUGUCGUUCUUGCUUAACGUUGGGGUAGUAGUUAUUGCCUGGGCAAACUUUGUCACUAAACUCAGAAUCGAACAGCAAAGCUUCAGGUUUUUGGAAGCAUUUCUCAAAUGCAGUUUCCUAAUCAGCAAUCAACUUCUUCAUCCAAGCAUUUAUGUAACACUGUAUUUUGAAACAAGUGAUCUAGCAUGGUCAAUGAGAGAGACUCAAGUGCUGUGACAAUGUCAAACUAAAGUCAGUUAACAUUUGAGCAUCGACAAGGUACUGUUGAAGAAAGUUUAUACAGUUUAAUUUACUUGUGAGAUUUGGCAUGCAUCUGGCAUAUGCUUCAGUGAGAUUUCUUUGAGAAAAGCUUCAGUGGGUCUCACGUACAGUGACAGGUUGAGAGUGUAUAUGCAGAAUAUGCCAAACUAUACAACUUCUUUGGUAAUCUCCCCCAUGUAUUGAUAUUUUUUUUUUUGCAAUAUAAUAUUAUAUUCAACGCUAUUGAUGCUAAUUAUUAUAUUU